UCUGCAUUACGUUUUCUAGUGUUUCAUAGGAGCUAGUGAUUUAGGAAUGAGCUGAUUGAACUUGAGGAGGAGGGAUUUAGACUAUAGAUGAAAAAAUUGUUUUAAAAUAUAAAAGCAAUACAUUCACAAAAAAUACAAGGAAAGUAAAUGAUGAUUGGGCAACCUGUUUAACGAAACAUGUUUCCGAGAGGGAGUUAAUAUGUUUAGCAUGUGUUUAUCCACUGUUGUUUAUUUAAAUCCCCAUCUCAAUUUUCAUUAAGACUGAAUUUCUACACUUAAGUACUAUGAAACAAAUUUUCAUGAUGAAGAUCUUUUGUAUCUUAAAGCAUUUUUGCCUUAUACAUUCCAGGACUAAAGUGUGUAUGUCUUUUGUGUGACUCUUCAAACUUCACCUGCCACACUGAAGGAGCAUGUUGGGCUUCAGUUAUGCUAACCAAUGGAAAAGAACAGGUGAUCAAGUCCUGUGUGUCUCUCCCAGAGUUAAAUGCUCAAGUCUUCUGUCACAGUUCCAACAACGUUACCAAAACUGAAUGCUGCUUCACGGAUUUCUGCAACAACAUAACACUGCACCUUCCAACAGCAUCACCAAAUGCCCCAAAACUCGGACCCAUGGAGAUGACCGUUGUCAUUACUGUGCCAGUUUGCCUCCUGUCUGUAGCUGCAGUGCUGACCAUUUGGGCAUGCCAAGGCCGACAGUGCACACGCCGGAAGAAAAAGAGACAGAAUGUGGAGGAGGCCCUUUCUGAAUGCAAUCUGGUAAAUGCUGGGAAAACUCUGAAAGAUCUGAUUUAUGACGUGACCGCCUCUGGAUCCGGAUCUGGUUUACCUCUGUUGGUUCAAAGAACAAUUGCCAGGACGAUUGUGCUUCAGGAAAUAGUAGGAAAAGGUAGAUUUGGUGAGGUCUGGCAUGGAAGAUGGUGUGGGGAAGAUGUGGCUGUGAAAAUAUUCUCCUCCAGAGAUGAAAGAUCUUGGUUUCGCGAGGCAGAAAUUUAUCAGACGGUUAUGCUGAGACAUGAAAACAUUCUUGGCUUCAUUGCUGCUGACAACAAAGAUAAUGGAACUUGGACUCAACUCUGGCUUGUCUUGGAAUAUCAUGAACAGGGCUCCUUAUAUGACUAUUUGAACAGAAACAUAGUGACAGUGGCUGGGAUGAUCAAACUGGCACUUUCAAUAGCUAGUGGUCUGGCACACCUUCACAUGGAGAUUGUUGGUACGCAAGGUAAACCUGCCAUUGCUCAUCGAGAUAUAAAAUCAAAGAAUAUCUUAGUGAAAAAAUGUGAAACUUGUGCCAUAGCAGACUUAGGAUUGGCUGUGAAGCAUGAUUCAGUACUGAACACUAUUGACAUACCUCAGAAUCCUAAAGUGGGAACCAAAAGGUAUAUGGCCCCUGAAAUGCUUGAUGAUACAAUGAAUGUGAAUAUCUUUGAGUCCUUCAAACGAGCUGACAUCUAUUCUGUUGGUCUAGUUUACUGGGAAAUAGCCCGAAGGUGCUCAGUUGGAGGAAUUGUUGAGGAGUACCAGUUGCCUUAUUAUGACAUGGUGCCUUCAGAUCCCUCAAUAGAGGAAAUGAGGAAGGUUGUUUGUGACCAGAAGUUUCGACCAAGUAUCCCAAACCAGUGGCAAAGCUGUGAAGCACUCCGAGUCAUGGGGAGAAUAAUGAGAGAGUGUUGGUAUGCCAAUGGGGCAGCCCGCCUAACAGCCCUUCGUAUAAAGAAGACUAUUUCUCAACUUUGUGUCAAAGAAGACUGCAAAGCCUAAUGAUGAUAACCAUGUUAAAAGAAAAUCUCUUACAGCUUUCUUUCUCAUUUUCCCUCUUUAUGUGAAUGUUUUUGCUCCUCUUUUGUUGUUGUUGUCUACCUCAAAGAUAAUGCAGUUCAGUAUUUAAGUGCUCAAAGGCAGCAUGAAAAAAUAACUCUAAGAUCAAUCAGGAGUUGGCUCUAGCCAAUUUUCAUGUUGUCUGUAAUAUAUUUUUUUAAAAGCACCACAUCAACUCAUCUAUUUAAUAAGAAAGCUAUUGUAAAGUGUAAAAUAAGCUAUAAAAAUAAUAAAUGUCAUUUAGGCUUUAUUUUACUUGAAUCAAGAGCAUAUGAAUGAAUGGAGAAAUGUGUUGAGAAAAGUGAGAUGAAAACAUAUUCAUUAAAGAUGUGAACUAGAGUAUUUUGUGUCUAACCAAAACUUUCCAUCAUACAAUCUAUGGUAUCCUCUAUUUUUUAAAAAUUAAGCAGGAUCUUUAAAAAAAUUAAAUAUUGUCCUAUGUUUUAGUAUAUAAAACAUGGAAAAGUGGAGCUCCUUAGUUGGAAGAUGGAAGUGAGGUCAGGGUGGCACUCCCUCAGGUCCCCCACCCCUACCUUCCCUUACUCUUUAUAAUCCAUCACACAGUAGCCCCUGAAGCAAACAGUUUGAGAGCCACUAAAGUUGCUAUACCCUCUCAUUAAAUGAGAUACCUGACAUUCUGAGACCUGGAGUAAUGUGUCAAAGUCACAGUGCUAGUGGUAGAGCUGGCUGUAGGUCUAAAUCUUGUGACAGCCCACACUGUAGAGUUAGCUGGCUUCCGCCUGUCCUUUUAAUUCCAACAGUACUUUUCUCUCUGUGCCAAAACAACGUUGUUCAUGAUGAUAUGUGUAGUUUAGUAAAACAGAAGACAAAUUGAGUUAUUUUUCAGAAUCAUAAAGGACCUGUAUGAAUUCUUAAGACAAUAUCCAUUGGUGUUUUCUUCAUAGAAAUUUCAUAGUCACCCUAUUUGUUAGAUAAGUAAUAAUGUUUUCUAAAAAAUUCCAGAAAUCAAUCAAGCUUAAAGAUACAUUGCCAGAAGAUGUCUUUCAGAUGCCUGUUACUUUUGUAUAUACACACGCAGAAGGAAAAGGACAGAAAAGGAAGAGGAACCUAGGAGAUAUCUUGAGAAAAAAAUUUUAAAAAUCUUAAAUGAAGUAAAACAACCAAGUUCUACAGAAAGCAUCAAUAACUGUAAAUAGAUAUUUUUCCACCCUUUCAAAAUGAGUGAGUGCUUGCACAAAGCUCAUGAUAAUAUAGUGUUUAUUGUACUUCCUGUGGAGACAGAAGUGAUGAAUUCUGAAUAAUACAUGGAACAUUAAAUAUUUCCUACAAAACUAUAAUUGUGCUUUGGUGAAGGAGUUUAACAUGGUAUCUUUUAUUAUUCUAAAAUACUGUUUUCUAAACUCCUUUCCAUAGAACACACUCCUACUGAGAUGAUCAAAGACCAAAAGGACUUUUCGAUAGGUUCUGAAAAGGUGAUAACGCAUUGUAGUGUGUCAUGUGCUUUGAGGAGUAAAGAAAUGUUACUUGUAUUUCUUUAGACUCAAUUUGCCAAAUUAUUUGACCAUGGAACCCUUUUAUUAAAAGGAGAGGAAACCUUUUGCUAACCCACAUUUUAGUGUUCUGCAAAGCACAACUUGGGUAACAGGGUUCUGAGGGAUACACCUGUAUAUUAUCACAUAGACCAAUAGCGCUUAUAAUUUCUCCCUCUGUGGAAAUACGUACUGAACUCCUAUCUUCAUUUGACUUGGAUGAGAUAUCAAAGGUAAAAAUCUGAUAGCUGUGGUUUUUACAUACUUUCAUUCUCAUUCAUGCAAUUAUUCAUUCUUUAAUUAAUGUGGGGCAUCCCAUAUCUUAUUUGCCACAUAUGGGGCCCAACAGGGAAGUUAAAAGAUGGGUAGGCUCUGCCUUCAGGGAUUUUAAAGUCUAAUUUGGGAAUGAGAACAGCGAUGCAGGUGUGUGGGGGGAAAGAAAGUAAAUUGACUAAUAAUUAUAAUACAAAGUAGGAUGUUUUGAGUUCUAUAUGACAAGUUAUUUUUAAACUGUAACACAUUUAGAAAGUACCUUUAUUUGGCUAUUCUAGAAAAUCUAAAUCAUGUAAUCAGUUUUUAAAAUUGCAUAUGUGAAUGCUUUUUUAAAAAAGUUAUAUAAAGAGAAUGAGCUUGCUUAUUAAAUUUAUUUCUCAUAGAUUGUUUCUGCAUAUAUGAGAAUGAAAUUAUUUAUUUAUUAUGGUUGUAUUAUAGUUUCAAAUAAACAAGAAUAAUAUUUCCUCUUUUAUUUACAUGUUGGGUGAGGAUGUUUUAAAAUCUCCAUUUUCCUUGUAAUUUCCUUUAUAUUUCGUAUAAAUUAUGUUUAUAAUUUACUUGAGUGUGUCCAAAUAUAAUUUCAUAUUUUUAUUGGCUCAACUUUCACUCUAGAGAAAUCUGUACAUUUUUGAGAUAUUUUUCUUGUUUUUGUGUUGGCUAGUUAUAAUUCCUAACUGAAUAGCCUUAUGUUUCAAUUAUCAAGUGUGAUUUUUUAAAGAAAGGGUGUAGAUUCACAUAAAUGAUUAGAAAAAGUUAAGUUCUAAUUUUUUCUUAACUCUCAACAUUAUAAGCAGAAAAUGCUCACAAAAAUAGGGUGAAGUUUAGAGUGUUAAGGCAAACUGACUGUACAUAUAUCUAUGUUGUAAAACUUUAUAUUAUUUGUUUUUGAUGGAGUCCUUUUGUGUGAUAUUUAUUUCUUUUGAAUUGUUUUAAAACAAAAAUAUUGUUCUUAGAGUGAAAGUGUUCUUUGUUGCUUUCAAAUAUUUUGACUUUGGGUAUAAUAUGAAGCUUGGGAAAAUUCUGUUUAUGAAAUUUCAGUACUGUAUAAAGUGGUGAUGGAAUAUAUAUGCAGCAUCAAUCACUUCCUUAAAAUAAGGGAAACAUUAUUUGUUGUCAAUAUUUCAGCAUGAACUUGUUGCCUUAUAAUCUAUACGUGUAAUUGGUACAGAUUUUGUUGUGUGCUUUCUCCUGUGUCUGAAAUAUUUGGCAUGUCACAUCUAGAAUUGUUAAUUUAUGUUCUGACUUGAAAAUUAAGUGAAAUAUGACUGUGUCAUGCACUAAUUUAGGUGUAGCACUUGCUUUUUGUCUUUACACUUUCAAUUAACUUUGCAUUUUAAAUUCUGUGAUUGUAUGAAAAUAAUUUCCUAAUUGCAGUGUCUGAAGACUUAAAAAUAAGCUUUAUUUUAAAAUAAAGAUCUACAAUAGAUUCAUUAGGUUAGAAAUUUUAUAGUAAUUUAAUUUUUAUGUUAGUAGAAUCAUUAAAAAAAUGAAACAAAACUACUGCUAUGCUGGAAUUUUGCCACCAUGUGACUUAUGGGGCAGAGAGAACUCAGGGCUAUUUUAGAGUUUACGCAAAAGGACCAGGGCACCUGCUAGCCAAUCACCGGAAAGCAGGGAGCCCACGUUUGCCAUUAUACAAAGCUCAAUGUAAAAUUGCUUUGCAGGAAAUAGUUUUUGAUUAAUUACUUAACAUAAAUGUGGGAAUGUAUUUUGCUUAAAUAACUUUAUUUAAAUUAUGGACAUUUUAUUUCCCAUUAUGAAAUUAAGAAAGUAACUACUGUAGAGUUGAUGGCAGUUGAUGUCUUCAAUAAUCAUUCCUUUAAAUAAAUUUACAAAUACAAUAUUUUAAGUUACUUGGAAAUGUUUGAGAAUUAGCAUCUUAACAUGCUGUUGUCAUGGUCUUUGAAGAUACUCUAAAUAUCAGUUCUUUUGUGAAACACACUACUUCUAUGUUUGACAAUGCCUUGUAUUGGCUCGCUCCAUAAAUUAAUACCUAAACUGGCCUUUAUGCACUAUUUAGUGAAGGCAGUAAUCUUUUUGCUCGUGAGGGCUUCUUCUAAACAGAAAAAAAAGUCAACUGGAAAAUUAAAAAAUUAUUAAAGUGUUAAGGUUAAAGAAUUUCUAUAACAGGCAGUCUUUCAAAAACCUUUCAAUGCAAAUUUUGAGAUAUUUGACUUUCUUUUUUCCCUUUAGCUUUUUAAAUGUUUCUUUAUUUUUCUCACCUCCUUUUCCCUAAGCCUUUCAAAAUUAUCUUUAGUCUCUAAUUUUAAAAAAUAACAGCUAUUCAUUUAAUCAUCCUAGUACAUAGCCUUCUAAUGAUGGAGAACUCUUGGUGGUCUAAAUUAUUUCAUAUAUGUCACAGAGAAAAACGAAAACCAGACCUUGGAAUUUGUAAAGGAUAUUUAAAAUUUAUAAUUCAGUUUCCAUAUUUUAUAGAUGAAGAAACCAAGGAUCAGAGAUUAAAUGAUUGCUAGUUAUUAGCAGAACUGUUGCGAGAUCCCAGUGAGAACAACCACCACGUGCCCCACCAUGCCCGACAUUUACUAGUUUAAAAAUUAUUAACAUACAUCUAAACCUACCUUAAUGUAUACUACAUAAUAUGCCAUUUAAUGAUGAUGAUUAAAUCCUAGUCUUUAUUUCUGCUGAAGUAAUUUGCUCACUCAUGGUGAGGUCAGUGAGAAAAACUAAAAUAGGCUAAGGAAGAGUUUUAAAUAGCCAGGUAGUGCUGAAUAAAAUUUAGAAAUUGUGAGAACGUGAAAUUUCUUAGUACAAGUAAUAACAAAAGAUGCCUCAUAACUUUUCUCUCUCUUUUCUUUCAGACUGUUGUUCCUCUUUAUGCAUUAGGAUGGGACUGAAAGAUGAUUUGGUAGUUGAAAUUGGAACCAUGUCUAUACUAUAUUAUCUUAUGUCUCUCCUAGUUUCUCAUUAGUGUGUCUUUGGCAUUCAUUUUUUUUUAGUACAUUAAAAAAAUCUUUGCUGAAUUUCCUUGAUUCUAAACACUCUAUAAUUCCUGUUCUUCUCAUAUUCUAGCCCCUGUCAGAUUGCUGCACACUGAACUUAACAAGAUUCUAAUUUCCCAUACCUACAUACGAGAGGUUGCAUCUCAUGUUUUCUCUAGUAAUUUUUCACUUGGCAUGAUGAAGAGGGUGUUUGUUAGAGGCAGAGAAAGCUUUCUUUUAAAUUUUA